AGGCGUGUUUGUGAAAUUCAGUGUAUGGUAUGGGGAACGUGACAAGUUCUUCAAUGGAAGCUGGUGUUUCCCCGCCGAGUGGUUGUCCCAUGCAUGAAGCGGGAAAACAGACGAGUGGGUGUCCUAUGCAAGGCGAUAAUGGGUCCAACUCUGAUCAAAUCAACCCUGAUAAUAUGAUGCCUCCGCCGAAUCAACGUCCGGCGCCAGACCAACCAUUUCCUCUACCAAUAGAUCGUCAGAAAUCAACCAUACCAAAAGCUGGCACGGAAGGUGAGGUAUGGGAGUAUCCGUCUCAGCAAAUGUUCUGGAAUGCAAUGCUUCGCAAAGGUUGGCGGUGGCGAGAUGAGGAUAUUCACUCCGAAGAUAUGUCGCAUAUUAUUCGGAUUCAUAAUGCGAACAAUGAAUCGGCGUGGAGAGAGGUACUCAAAUGGGAGGCCCUGCAUGCGCAUGAAUGCUGCACUCCGAAACUGAAAAAAUUCGGCGGCAAGGCGAAAGAGUAUUCCCCGCGUGCUCGCAUUCGCCAUUGGAUGGGAUACGAAUUGCCAUUUGAUCGCCAUGAUUGGAUAGUGGACAGAUGUGGAAAAGAUGUUCGUUACGUAAUUGACUACUAUGACGGUGUCUUGGAUGCCAGUUCGUACGAGUUUGCUUUGUUGGAUGUUCGUCCUGCAAUGGAUUCUCUCGAUAAUGUCUGGGAUCGUAUGAAAGUUGCGUGGUGGAGAUGGUUUUAUGCCCCCAAAGAAAAUACGGGUGUAGAAAGCUUUCCGUUGAAAAAAGCCGGUACGGACGAGUUUUCGAAUCCUCUUUUGGAAUGCUUGAGAGCGGCGCACGAAGAAUUGACUCCCGAAAUUUUGCAAGGAUAUCUCGUUGAACUUGAGAAACUUGAAGAAAUCCGAAAUAAAUAUGUCAAAAGAUUUGAUAAAGUUGCGGACAAACGCGAGCUUGUCGAUCGCCUUAGUGGGUAUUACGAUGCCUUGGUAACACUGAACAAGAAGAUUGAUCCUACUGCCUCUAAAAUAUCGUUGAAGUUCGAUGAUGCAUUUGACGAAGGAUCAUAUUUCCGUCGAACUCGUGCGACAUCUGGAGGGUUACACUUCGAGAUUUUUUGCAUUCUCUUCAACAUUGCUGCUGCGCAGAGCCAGAUGUUGUCGUCGGAAGGUUUUCCUGGAGAUGAAGAAUUGCGGGUGGGAACCAGAACGUAUCAGCAACUAGCCGGAUAUCUGUGCACCGUACAAGAUAAUGUUGCACUCUUCUGCUAUGACGAACCUACUCCGGAUAUUCGGAUUGAUACUCUAAAUGCAUUGUCAUCUCUCAUGUUGGCGCAAGCUCAGGAGCUGGUGCUUAUGAAAGCAAUUAAAGAUGGGAAGAAAUCAGGACCGAUCGCGAAGUUGGCAGUCGAAUGCGGGCGGAUGAACAAAACAUUAUCGGAAGUUUUGUCCAGGGAUGAUUUUAAGUGGAUGUUCCCGCGUGCUAGUGUUAUUGUAGCUGCUAAGGCACACGGGUACAUGGGUGUAGCAGAAUAUUUUCAAACACUCGUUUGUCACGAUCUAAAAAAGUAUGGAGAGGGAAUUUGUCGCUUGACGAAAGCGAAGGAAUUUUUGAACGCUGCGGCGAUUUUGUGUCCAUUGGAAUUUCCGAGGAAUUUGAAGAGUUUUCAAGAAUCCGUGGAAACUCUGUUGGUGUCGGCUGUCAAAGAGAACGAUGUAAUCUAUUGUGACGUAGUUCCCAAGUACGAGAAAUGCGAGGAACUGAGUGGCUUUCGUGUUGUCAAAUUGCUUCCUUUCUCGGGAAAUUUUUCCUCUGAGGAAACUUCUUUCUGUCGUUUGCCUGACUUUGAACCAAGCGAGGAGAAAUUGCUAGAACAACAGGCAUCGUUAACGGAAGAAGAAUUAUCAACCCGGAGGUCUACAGCAUUGGAUCUGAAAACCGAUGGUUUGCUCGAGAAGGAGGUUCGUCUUAUAAGACGACGCUAUUCCUUUAAGCGGCUACGGAACUUGCACACAGGACGGUUCAAACGAUGUCUAGCUCGACAAAACAUAGUCUUGGCACGGUCAACGUUCUUUCAUUGCGAACAUUUUGUGGCCAGUCUUCAAGAUCUGAACCGAGCUCUACACUUGAAUGAAAAUUACGUGAAGGCCCGUCUAAAACGAGCUCAAGUGUUUGAGAAACUGGGAAAUAUUUCUGAUGCUCUACAGGAUUACAAGUCUGUGUUAAUGGCUGAUCCAGAGCAGAAAGAAUGCCUGGAUGCCAUCGAAAAACUGGAAUUCUCGACCGUGAAUUGA